GUAUUCUUUUGGUAGCAUUCUUAUUGUAAAACAUACAUAAGUAAUGAAUGCAUGCAUAGAUAGACAGAUGAUAGAUAUUUCUAGAGUUAUUUAAUGUAAGAAAAUAUAUGACCAUAGUGGAAUACUUUCAGUGUUUGGCAGCAGUGUUUUGCCUGUUGCAGAGUGCGUUAUUUUCCAGAGCAGAUUUGAUCGCUUUUGCCGUUCUGCAGGUGCGUCAGUUUUUAAUCUGCCCAGUAGGUGGGACUUGAUGCUCGGAGCAUGGACCUCUCUCUCCCUCCUUCACCCCCCCACCCCACCUCUCUCUCUCUCUCUCUCUCUCUCUCUCACUAGACUGCGCUCUGACGCUUUAGUCUUCAAGCCGGGGAUCCAACAACCUGGAACUACGCGACAAACAGCACCGAGGAGACGGGGAAGCUUGUACCAUGCAGCCCGGAGAGGAGAACAGGCUGGGACGGUUGAUUUUUGAGCCCUUCCUACAUUGACGGAGUAUUUUCCCCUGUUUUCUUGGGGACUUUAUUGCGAUCUCUUGAUCUGACAUACCUUCACUCUCAUCCACGCACCCGCGCGCGCUCUUGCAUCGCCGAGCGGAUACCCGGAGCGCGUUCGAUUCUGUAGCCGUUGAACAUUAGUGAGGAGCUAAAAUAGUGAGGGAAGCACCUGGAGACAUGGAUUUAUUCUCCAUCCCACCCCGCGUUUGCUGGUGGAGGAUCGUGUUUCUCCUCAGCAUCUUCCAAGAUUAUAUGAGCUCCAUGCUGGACUGCCCACCGACCUGCCGUUGUUCUACCACGAACAUCUUUUGCAAUGAGUCUUAUCAAGGGAAUUUCUUUCCCCUCCUGGCACUACAGGACACCGUGAACGAUGGGAAUACCACUAACAGCCUCCCGGACCUGUUUGAGAACAUCUCCUCCAUACACAUUGAGAACUGGUCUGGGUUGCAGACUUUGAGGGAUGUCGACAUGGAGUUGUACACUGGGAUUCAGAGACUGAACAUCGUGAACUGCAACUUGCGUACGAUUCAGUCGCGAGCCUUCGCCAAGAACCCCUACCUGCGCUACAUAAACUUGUCCGGGAACCCUCUGACAACUCUCUCAUGGCAACUUUUUCAGAAUCUCCAACUUUUCGAGCUGAAACUUGAAGGAGUGGUGUUUAACUGCAGCUGCAAUAUCCGUUGGAUCCAGCUGUGGCAGCAGCGAGGUGAAGCCGGGCUCCAUAACCAGCACCUGUUCUGCAAUAACGGUGUCUUCAAGAUCCCUCUACAGCGCAUGAACAUCUCUCACUGUGAUUUGCCGGAGAUCAGCGUAAGUCACAGUAACCUGACAGUGAUGGAAGGUGACAGGGUGACAAUCACCUGUAAUGGGUCAGGAGUGCCGGUACCAGAAGUGGAUUGGACUGUUGGUGGACUGCACUCCAUUAACACUCAUCAAUCCAAUCAAUAUCCACCGAAUGUUCACUCCAUCAACUUAACUCUGGUCAACAUCAGCCGAGACGAUAACAGCUUCAUGCUGACCUGCAUUGCAGAGAAUAUAGUUGGGAUGACUAAUGCCUCAAUACAGCUUUCAGUGCAGUGUAAGUGCUCCUUUUCUUGUUCUCUGUCUCUGGAAUGCCUUUACAUUGAGCCUCAAUGCCUCUAA